AUGUUUGCCGAAUUCGCGAAAAGGACUGAGCUGAUCACAUGGGUACUCAAGGGCACAGAAAGCCUUUCCAAGUCGCUGGUUGCCAAAGGCUUCAAGGCCAAGCCGUAUCACGCAGGGCUGGACAAGGACGUGCGAUCCGACAUCCAAGACAAAUUUCUACGCAGUACCGACAUGAUUAUUGUUGGCACGAUUGCCUUCGGCAUGGGAAUCGACAAGGAGAACGUCCGGACUAUCAUCCACUUUGACCUUCCCAGCAGCAUCGAAGCGUACAGCCAACAGAUUGGAAGAGCCGGCCGAGACGGUAAACCAAGUACAUGCAUGCUGUAUCUGUCAGACAAAGACUUCUUCCUAAGGAACGUGCUCGUGCAUGGAGAACGCCCUUCGAGACUGGCUCUCCGCGCGUUAUUCGAGGAGAUUUGCGAUGAAGAGCACUGUCGGCUUUCUCCUGGCGAGACAUUUUCCGUGGGGAUCACCAUGCAGUCCAAACGAGUUGAUAUCAAGGAGACGCAACUGUCCAUCAUUUACGCCUACUUGGAGCUGAAGUUCGGCCUACUUCGAGCAGGAACACCGCAAUACUCCGAAUACAAGUAUCAGGUGAUUCAGCGACAAGAGUACAACGACGACGAUACACCAGCAGCAAAAGCGAUACGCCGGGGAUCUCGAACGGCGAAAAUAUGGACAUUCAUCGAGAUCGAUGAUGUUGCGGAUGGCAAGCACCUAAACCGAGGCGACAUCACAAGAAGGUUGGACCAUUGGGCCGAAUCUGGAGUCGUCAAGCUCCAAAAGUCUGGCGUCCAGAACGUUUUCCGACUCAAGAAGGCGCUGCCCAAGAGCCAGCCGGAGAUCGACGCAAUGAUUGAUAACAUCGACCAGGAAAUCACCAAGAAGGAAAAGCAAGAUCUGCAGCGGGUCCAGGACCUCGUCAACCUGUUGACAGGCACAAAGUGCAUCACGCGCGCCCUGGCGGCCUACUUUGCCGAUACCACUCACGCGUCGGUCGAGGAGUGCGGGCACUGCACCUGGUGCGAGACGCACAAGCAGGUGGUCUUGCCCGAGUUCAAGCCGAAGCCGCUCGACAAGGAUCUCAUGAAGAGCAUUGCAAGCGUCUGCAAAGCCCUCUGCAGCGAUGAAGCGCGGAAGGCGAAGUCGAGCAAGACGCCCUCCGCUACCAAGCAGGCCUUGGCCAACAGCACGGCGAAGGAUGAUCCCCGAUUCAUGGCGUGCGUGGCCUUUGGCAUCAAGACGCCGCGCAUCAGCAGCAUGCAAUUGUGGAAGAACGAAGCCGUCUUUGAAAGAAUGAGCGAUUGUAAUUUUGAUGAACUUGUAGCCGCCUUCGAGAAGAUGAUCAAAUGA